UAAAUAAAGGAAGGGAAAUGAUUUUGUGCUGUCGUGGGUUAGGUUCCAUUUCAUCAUCACGAGGAGAGAAAGAACCACCGGAGCAUACGACGUUGUACCUUCACAGAUCCGAAACAACCGACGUUUUUUUUUUAUUGUUUCCCUUCAUUCCACCCUCUCCGAUUCUAACAAAAAAGGCCAGAAGCGUGUGCUGUGGAGAAUUCCAUGGCCUCUGAGAGGGAAAGCUUUGACCUCUCGGGACCUUUGCAUUUGACUUAUGUUUUAUGGGAUAAUCCAUAUCAUCGAAUGUCAGUUGCUGCUUGUUUGGUUCAAGGUGUUUACAUUCUAGAAAGGGACCGGCAAGAAAACCGCCAAGGUUCUGAUGCUCUCGCACCUCCGUGGUGGACAUUUUUCCAUUUUCAACUACUUCGUCCACUUGUAGACGAUGUUGAUUCUUCCAUCUUUGGAGCAAUCUACGAGUUCAAGCCUCCAUCAUCUCAAUCUAAUGACACAUUAUAUCGAAGUCCACGUUACGUGAUUGCCUUUCGAGGGACUCUGACGAAAGCACACUCGGUUUCACGCGAUGUUGAGUUAGAUAUCCACUUCAUCAGACAGGGACUUCAUCAAACUACGCGCUCUAACAUAGCUGUUCAAGCUGUUCGAAACACAGUAGCAACUGUAGGUGAUUCAAAUGUUUGGUUGGCAGGACAUUCCCUAGGAUCAGCAAUGGCGUUGCUUACCGGGAAAACCAUGGCUAAGGAUGGAAAUUUUAUCGAAUCUUUUCUUUUCAACCCUCCAUUUGUAUCUGCCCCACUUGAGAAGAUUAAGGACGAGAGAGUAAAACACGGGAUUCGAUUCGCUGGCAGCGUGAUAACAGCCGGACUCACCUUGGCUAUGAAAGCCAAGCAGCCGAAGGAUUUCUGUUUAGAUCCAUUUACCGCUUUGUCUGCGUGGGUUCCGUGUUUAUUUGUGAAUCCAUCUGAUUAUUUAUGUUCGGAGUAUAUUGGAUAUUUUGAACACAGGAGAAACAUGGAGGACAUUGGCGCGGGCGUGAUCGAAAGGCUAGCAACUCAAAACUCGCUCGGUGGACUACUGAUGGGCGCGUUCGGGAAAGAAUAUUCUGAACCACUGCACCUCAUUCCUUCGGCUUCUUUGACAGUUAAUGUUGCACCUGCAUCUGAUUUCAAAGAAGCUCAUGGGAUUCAUCAGUGGUGGAAACCUGACUUGAGCCUUGAUUACAAGCUCUACAAUUACAAAUAGUUCAUGUAGAUAUUGUAAUUUAUUGAAGUUGAUUUAUUAGGGGCUGAUGAUUCUGGUUUUCGUGUGAAGACCGAAAAAAUUCAUAGACAUGAUAUUGGAUAGGACAUUAUGCUAGAAUUUGAUUCAUGUAGCCGACCACGUUUAGUGGAAUAAGGCUCGAUUGUUGUUGCCGUAACAUAAAUUAAGUAAGUGUUUGAACUA